UAGCUCAAUUAUUUCAGCAGCAGUUAUUUAUGUACAUUUGAGGGUUUUUUUGUAACUGAAAUGAAAAUGUGCUCUAAUGUGUCUCAAACUGCGUGAAUCAAUGUGAGCAAAUUUGUCAAAUUAAAAAAAUAAAACUAUCUGCAUCUGUACGUUCAUGAAAAACAGUAAAUCAUGUUUAUGCUGCUAAGAAAUAAAAAAAUUAAAUUAGUUAAUAUGUUAAGAUUAACUUUACUUAAAAGAAAAAACAAGAACAGUAAAACAGUUAAUUUUCCAAAUUUAAAUUUUAUUCAGCUUAUAUUUUCUCUCCCUUCACACAGAGUUACUGAAACAUUUAUUCAGUAUUUAGGCUUGUUAUUAAAUUAUAAAAGAUGAGUUUGUAUACAGUAUCAUUUUUCUUUUACAUAAUAAAAAGCCCCUCGCACCGUGACUGCUGGAUACUGGCACCAGUGACCCCCCGUGACCCUGAAAGGAUGAAGCGGGUACAGAUAGUGGAUGGAUGGAUUAUAAAAAGCUUUUAACUCUUCCAGAUUAACAAUUUUUAGAUUUUCUAUGGAUUUUUUUUGCCUUUUUUUAUUAAAACAUCUGUAAACUGACUGUAUUGCUUGUUUUAUUACAUGUUUAUAUUCAGAUUUAUUUCCUUUAUUACAAGUAAAAAACAUUCCAGAAGUUAUUGGUCCUUACAGUGUGAGAAAUGUGCUGAAAAAUACUUAAAAUGUAUCUUAAGAAAUCCAAUCCACACUUUUCAAGAAAUCUGUUAACGUUCAUAUUUAUAUAAUCCGAAGUGUUUUUUUUAAACGACAAACACAAUAAAGAUAAUUUUUUAAUCCAGAGUGUUUAUUUUUUGUUUCUCUUUAAAUACAUCGUUAGAUUCCCUGCCCCCCACCCCACCCAGACAUUUUUUUCUUACCACUUGUACAAAACAAACGUGUGCACAAAUAAGAACAUGGUGCCCAGGUUAUAAAAUCAAGAAACUGGUGCAAAACUUAAAAAAAAAAAAGGAAAAAGAAACAUCCCUGCACAUAUAAAAAUAAAUUAAUACUUUUCUGUGUCCAGUCUUAUUUAUCUGGUCCGAAAGAUUUUCACACAAACUGAGGCUGAGUUGGCUAUUUUUUUUUCCUUUUUCUCCACACCAGCACGGCCAAUCACGAUCACUUAUGUACACCAACGGCCAAUGAGAAAUGUUUAUGUACACUUAACGAGGUAAAAACUGUGCCACUGAACACUGCCCCCCCCACCUUACAAACAGUUAUAUACACCCCCGCCCCGUCAAUCAGCCAACUGUUAAAUAGCUCCUCGCUUCUGAACACGACACGUCAUUAGAAAGAGUUUACAGCAAAAACGAGACUAAAAAGAAACAAAAACAAACAAAAACAAAGYUGUCCACAGUAGUACAAAAUGAAGCAGAUUUUUAAAAUAGAUCUGAAGCUCACAGAUAAAUAAAAACCACGGCGUGAAGUCUUUUACGUUACAGAAAGUAGUUGUGUAAAAGAGCCCAACGUUUCUCCGCAGCUUCGUCACCACAAGUGUYGUAAAAAAUAUAAUUGAAACAAAAUCCCGCCCCCCUCCCCCCCCUUAUUCGGCCUCAGGCACUUGGGGUUUUGGACCCUGAUUGGCUGGUCCUGACUGCAGAGGGUUUAUAAGUGGCCGCUGCGGCGGUGGGCCCGUUUAGGUCCUGGUAGGCUGGUCCUGCUCCAGAGGUAGGUGCAUCGGGAGGCUCGAUCCGGGAGGCGAACGGUGCGGCGCGACCGACCGCACRUCUUUUUUUUUAAACCUCAAACCCAGUCACCUUCACUACUCCCCUGACCGAGCCUCGUGUGUGUGGCCCAGAGAAAGUCUUAAAAAAAAGGCUUGUGUGGUGACCGUAAAGACGUGGCUCACUGACAUGCUCCAGCCUGCAGACGCUGAAAGAGACGUCCUUUGGGACAGAUGUCAAACAUACAUCUGCUACUGUUCAGUGCUAGUCUUGGAAACUGGACUUUUUGUGUUCUUUCAUGUAUUGCUGCAGUUCUUUUUUUUUUUGUGAGUUUUAAAUGAACAGCUCCGGUUAGCUGAGGCCCCUGAGAGUGAAACAAUGGAGAGCAGAACCAGACAAAAAAAGUAAAUAAAAACAUAAACACUAAAAACAAAAACAUCCUGACAUGAUUGUAAUAAAGGUGGAAUCUCAGUGAAAGUCCACCUUAACYGGGAAAAACACACCAACACAGGGUUACUAUCGGGAUUAUUACAAAUCAGAAGCAGCACUAAAAAAAGACCAAAACUAUAAGUUAGUUUGAAAUAAAUAGAACAAAUCCAAACAGAGUUUGCGGUAGAGAUUGUAACAAACCAAUCUGCAAUAGUCUUAUAUUUUCUUGUUUUAGCGCACCGCUGGAAAGAGUAGUCUACCAGAGAGAAACUUCUCCCCAGAUAAUGUUUUAUAAAGUUGGCUGAUCUGAAAACUCUGCAUAUUAAAAAAAGAKAGACAGAGCCUGCACCGUCAUGUCUUCUCCUGCCCUGCGACGCCCACGGCUUUCUCAGCGAGCCGAGGCUUCUGCUGCCCCGAGCCGUGCGUGUCGGUGUGUGCGUGCUGCAGCGCCAGGAAGGGGUUGGCAGUGAUGGCGCCUUGGCCCUGGUUCUGAGCGCCGGGCAGCAAGUUGUUGAUGGGCAGCUGGGUGGAGGACAGCGGGUGGGGGGGGAUCUGGGCGGCGGCGGAGGAAGAGGAGGAGGAGGAGGAGGAGAGAUAUCAGAUCCACACGGGUUUACAGCACUCCAUCAUCAGACCCAGCCAGCCCAGCUGUUUGCCCUCCAACAUGGACACUCUGCCCCAGAGGCUGCGCGAGGCCGGCUACUCCACGCACAUGGUCGGCAAGUGGCACCUGGGCUUCUACAGGAAGUCCUGUCUGCCCACCAGGAAAGGUUUUGACAGCUUCUUCGGUUCCCUGACAGGAAGUGUGGAUUACUACAGCUACGGGUCUUGUGACGGUGCCGCGCUGUGUGGCUACGACCUCCACGAUAACGAGAGCGUGGCGUGGGGUCACGAGGGGAAAUACUCCACCAUCCUGUUCACGCAGAGGGCUCGCAAAAUCCUGGAGAGCCACGACCCGAUGAAGAGGCCGCUCUUCCUGCUGCUGUCCCUCCAGGCGGUCCACACCCCUCUGCAGCCUCCCAAGUCCUACAUCUACCCGUACCGAGACAUGACCAACGUCGACAGGAGAAAAUACGCCGCCAUGGUCUCCACGGUGGACGAGGCGGUGCGGAACCUCACCUACGACCUCAGAAAGUACGGAUUCUACAAAAACAGCGUCAUCGUCUACUCCACCGACAACGGCGCCCAGCCUCUCAUCGGAGGCAGCAACUGGCCGCUCCGAGGCCAAAAGGGCUCGUACUGGGAGGGCGGAGUCCGCGGCGUGGCCUUCGUUCACAGCCCUCUGCUGAAACGAAGGAGGCGGGUCUCCAGAGAUCUGCUCCACAUCACGGACUGGUUCCCCACCCUGGUGGGACUGGGCGGGGGGGACAUCAGCCAGAGCCGCGGUCUGGAUGGUUUUGACGUUUGGCCCACCAUCAGCGAGGGGAAGGCGUGUCCUCGUCAGGAGAUCCUUCACAACAUCAACCCUCUGCACAGACCCAGCAUUUCUUCCAUUAGCUGGGACGCAAAGAAAAAAAAGAAAUCUGCAGUGAAAAAGUCAAAAAAAUCCCAGAUUAAACCGAAGUCGAAGCAGCAGAAGAGAGUCCUGACCCUGAAACAACCUAAAAAGUCCUUGUUCAAGAUCAAAGACUUAAAGAAACAUUUAAAUCCAGCUGGAAAAACUAAACCUUCCCCCAAACUGAAGCCUAAACCCAAACCUAAAGCUCAGGCUCGGCACCAGGACCAGCUCCACUACGGACCAAAGAUCCAGUCUAGUGGUUCAUCAUCAGUAUCUGGUUCUCCCCGUCAGAAACCCAGGACCAAGUCCAAGCGGACCACCUUCCAGAACCAGAACUUGUCUCAGUCAAGACAAACUCAGACUAAAUCAAAAACCAAAACCUUAAAAUCCAAGUCCAGGCAGACUUUAAUCCAGAACCACAACACGUCCCAGUCCAGAACCUCCAAAUCUCAGUCCGGACUCGGGUCUGCUCCGUCUUCGGUGUGGGACACGUCGGUGCAGGCGGCCAUCCGGGUCGGAGACUGGAAGCUCCUGACAGGAGACCCGGGACACGGAGACUGGAUCCCUCUGCAGGUCCUCCCCACCCUCCUGGGUCGCUGGUGGAACCUGGAGCGGUCCCUGUCCCCCUCCAAAACCACCUGGCUCUUCAACAUCACCGCCGACCCGUACGAGAGGCAGGACCUGGCGGAGCGGCGGCCCGACGUGGUCCAGAGGCUGCUGGCCCGCCUGGCCUACUACAACCAGACCGCCGUGCCGGUUCACUUCCCCCCGGACGACCCGCGGGCCGACCCGCGCCGGCACGCGGGGGCCUGGGUUCCCUGGGCCGAGGAAGAGGAGGAGGAGGAGGGGAGGCAUCGAUGCGUUUAUAAGAAAGGACUCAGUGAGAAGAAGAGGAGGAAGAAGGGGAGAUGUCCGCUGUGCAAACUGAAGGCUCACUUCCUCAAACUGAACACAGAGAUGAUGUCCAACCGGAUCUGAGGACCUAAAAACUGUAAAAACUCUUAACGUGGAGCUGAAGUGAUUCUUACGGUGGAAUCUCACGGCUGAACAAUAAUUCCACUUCUGAGCCCAGAACUCUGUUUCUGUAACUAAUCGGUUGUUUUCACAAGUUAUUUUUGAAAAAUCUGUUUAUUUUUAAAGCUGUGACGUGCAUAUCCAUGAAAUACAACAAGUCAAAGAAAAUAUA